AGCAUAAUCAUUAUGAUCAUCGGUCCGACUAUUCCAGAGAUACACACUGCAAUCAGGAAAAUGAUAUGAAACUGUCGCAUGGUACAGAUUAUUGAAAGUGGCCAUUUUCAGACUCAAAACAGUUAAUGUUUGAAACCGAUUGCUGAUUGGGGUGUAAACCUGAAAAGACUUUGGUAAGAUGGAUACGGUACGUGUAGGAAUCAACCUACUCAUACUUGGUUGGCUUUUCCAAAGCGGUCUUUCCGAUGAUCACGUUGCAGGCCAGUGGAGUAGACCCUUGGAUCAUAUUAAUAAGACGUGCUGUAGGGUUUAUAGCUGUGGCCAACCAUCGGUGAACACAGGUAACAGACACAGACAUGACGGAAGACAGACGGUUCCCGGAUUCGUACAGCCCUGUGAGAUUUGCUGUGACUGUAAGCGCAUGGGGCUGGGGAAUUACCAAUGCGAUUUAUGCUUACAUUACAAUCAACAAUUCUCUGCUACUUGUACCAAAACUCUUCAUGCUUGGUAUGGCAGAGCACAGUUCGUCGAUCCUGACAACUGCAGUUAUUUGUCCAUUUUCCAGUCGACAGAGAGCGCUUCCGAUAUGGAAGAAAGCGCGUCGAUUAUGUCAGAAAGCACUUCGGUCAUGACAGAGAGCUCUGCCACUAUGUCAAGAAGCACUUCAGUUAUGACAGAUAGGUCUGAGGCUAUGUCAAGUAGCAUUUCGGUUUUUACAGGAAUCCCUUCAAUAAAGACAGAAUCAUCGAUGUCAUCGGGUUUCAAGACAACUUUGUCAUCAACACAAAUGACGUCCUACUUAACGAGUUCCGAAAGGGAGGAAUCUUCGACACCCGUUGCCCAACAUCAACUGCGUACCCUCUCUAUAGCCAUACCACUAUUGUGCAUAACAAUUAUUAUACUCGUCAUGUCUAUGUCUUUUUUCAAACGAAGAAGAAGAAGACGGCCUCCCCCUGAUAAUGGAGUCAGAUGUCGGCAACUACCACACCCCAAUCAAACACCAUCGAAUGUCGCAAACGUGGCAAACUGCGUCACCCUUGAGACCAAUGACGAAUCGGCUUACCACUUACUUCAUGGCGGCAGGGAGCUUGGAGACUACCACACCUACGAACUUGCUGAUCUUACCCCACAAGGAGGCAACAGUAGCCAACACCAGGAUACACCCCAGAGGCCGAACAAUACCAAGCCAUUUCAAAUCUUCGAUCAGUCAGGAAGUAACCAUCUCCGAGAGGAACCUGCUUCCAGGAUGAAGAGCAAUUGCCAUGGUCUUUCGGGAGAAAGCCAAAGCCAACGGCACUCUACCUCGCAUACCGGCAUGGCAGACGAGACAGCAAAUCCGUCACUAUCUCCUGAUGAAGAAUACGACAGACUGAAGCGCCCUCUGGCUCUCGACCUACAUACGGUCGCAGGGAACGUCUAUGGCAAACUGGAUGACCCAAAGAGGUCUGAUCGAAAAGUCGAUGGCCCUGAUUCUCCGGAUUACUUUGUCUUGGAAAAACAAGAUGAAAAUCAAACCGACUCUCUGGAAUAUUUCGUCUUGGAAAAACAAGAAAAUGAAAUUAAAGUUGACGUAGAUAGGGAUGAUCAUGUAUAUUUUGUUCUUAAGUAAAAUUACAUUGUCUUUGGCAGAAACAGAGUGCUUUCUUUUCGAUUAUACAAAAUUCCAGGACGGCAUUGUUUUUCUAGAUUCUUAGAAAAAGGGGCAAAUUUGAACCAUUUUGUCCUGUUUUUGGAACCCUCGAGAAAAAAGGGUUUCCCAACAGGGUAUUACUUGCUAAAGAGCUUUAAAUAAUGAUAUAACGAAUCCAAAAGGUGCCAAAACGCACCGCCAAAACCAGUGUUUAAGGUGAUUUAGAUCCUUGUAGGGGACAUUUUAAGGUUCCAAAUACGGGACAGCAUAGAACCCUAUAAGAUUAUUUUUUUAUAUUGCACGAUACUACAAAACGUUUAUAAGUUAUUAUAAACAAUCAUUAGAAUGUCAAUAAACGGUUACACAGUCCCUUGUAUAUACAUCUUUCUUUGUAUUAACAGCUUAUUGAUAACCAGGUAUAGAUGAUUUGUUUUCUUUAUUCGAUGAGUGCUAUGCUAUGCUACCAUGACUUCGACAUCUGCAAUCUUUAUUUUUCAUUUUCAUUUCAUUUCAUUUCAUUUAUUUCAAAUUCUCAUUAAAAAACAUACAACAUACAAAUCAAAGAAUACACUACAUGUAUAUACAGAUAAGGAUACAAAAAUAGAACAACAACAGAAUAAAUGAGAAUAUGAGGGAGCCAGCAUAGGCCAAAGGCCUUUCUAAGGCUGGGCUCCCUAGACCAUAAUAAAAUCAUAAUAAUUGUAGAUGGGAGAGAGAGAGAGAGAAAGAGAGAGAGAAUCUAAAGUUAAUUCAUUGAGAAAUUUGUAUGUGUAUAGUUAAAGGGCAAGACCAGCCAAACAAAAAAUUAGUUGGUUUGAUAUGCAAAUGAGAACACUGAUGACAUCAUCCAGCACUAUUUCUUUUGUAUUCGUUAUAUGAAAUACGUAGUAUUCUAAUUUUCUCAUUGUCAUGUGAAGCGAAAUUUCAUUCAUCCCUGAACAUGUGGAAUUACCACUACUUCAGCAUUUUUCGGUUCAAAUAAGAGAUUCCUCAUUGUCAAAUCUGCAAAAAUUGAAAUAUUUGUAUAAUUCAAAUUAUAAAAAGAG